GAGCGAUGGAAUCGAGAUCAGUUGAAAUCCAAAAUCUCGAAUAGAGUUGUGUUAAUCACGGGUGCGGAUCAACAAUUGCCAUGGAAGUGAUCACGGAGGAUUGGGUGCAAGUCUCAGUUCAAAGCGUCGACAAUGGCAUGCUGAUUUUUCCAGGAGCUUGGUUUUGCCGCACUGCUGGGUUGCGUUGUGGGAGCCUAAAGUGUUGCCAGAUUUAGCGCAGGAGAUUCGAGGUUCGAGCCAGGAAGCAAUUUCGGGGUAUUACAUUCAAGAGGGGGCAGCACCAGUGCGCGGGGGGCAGCAUGGAGUGAUCACAUUUUCAGUAAUGAAAGGACGUUGAUGGGAUCCAACGAAUUGGCUCCGCAAAUGGAUUAUUCAUCGGACGUUGGCGGCAACGAACAUGACUCGAGGAGGUGGAAGAUUGGUUGAUGGAGAGAUAGCGGGGGAGUUGGGUCGCAGGAUUUAGGAAUGGAGGAGGUCCCGCCACUACAUGAGAGCUGUAAUGGGUAGCUCGAGCAGUUGCUAAUAUUAUGACACAGCAGCUAAAGAAAUACUAUAAGCGAGACGAAUGCCUUGUGCAACGCAGGAAAAAGGAAUGGCUGCAGCGCGGAAAUCUCCUGCUCGGCGGUUUGGCUGCUCGGCGUUGGAAUACCGUGUUCGGGCGAGGAACCGGGGCCAGCCUCAUCACGACAAUGGGUUGCCAGGCUACUGAGAUCCUGGAUAGUCCCCUGUCCUGCUGGUCUUAACUGCCUUGUCUUUUUUUCCUUUUCGCCAACCUCUGGGCGACAGUCCGCUUUUGUCCAUCUGACGCUCUCAGGUGCACAAGCGCGACACCCAUUUCGGCCUGCUGGUGGGGAUCAGGCAGUGCGUCGCGUUGUGUUGCACCUCUGUGUCUCCUGGAUUGGGUUGAAGUCCUCGCUGACGCAGGAAUGGGAAUGGUGCCAGUCGGUAGUGAAAGAGGCUGCUACAUUGCGUAGGUUGUGAGGCGGUGACGUUUUUUCGAAGCUGGUUUGUGAGCUAGCAAGAGAGAAGGCUGUGCUGCGUGAAGUUGGGGUUUGUUUAUAUCGUGCAGGCUCCUUUGGAUUGAUCGUCGACAGUGGGAGUGCAUUUUGAAGGGACUUCUUAGGUCGAUGCGCGGGAUUGCAGGUAGCGUGCCUAGACUCCUGCGAGUAUUGUAGCGGCAGAACGGGGCGUCGGGAUCAGGAAUCACCACCAGGCUUGGUUUUCGGUUUCGGUCGGUCCUGAAUGUGGACUUCUCACUUUUCCACACUGGCGACAUCAAGCACAGGUCAUGAGCCAAAGAACAAAAUGGAUUUGAUACGGUUUCAUUUGCGUUGAGUGCAUCGUGGUUUUUGGGCAGAAAAUGCUUCAUUAUCGUCUCCGUCAAGGAGAUUAAGGUUAAGAGCACUGGAUUACUCUACGCCUGAGAGGUCGCCAGAAUUCUGCUCCAAAUUUUGCAGGGGCUUGCGAUUACUGGCCAAGAUGAUGACAACGGCAGGUGCGGAUCCGGAUCGAGGCCUCCUGAUUCCUCGUUCCGAACUCUCUGACUCUUCUGAUAUUGUGGGCACCCCUGGAGUAGUACCCUUCGUAUGGGAAGUAGAGCCAGGCCGUCCGAAAGGGCCUGGUCAGUACAUGUUUGAUUCAACACUUACUAGAGAAAUCGAAAGGCGAGAGUCUCUACUGGAGGGCACCUCAAACUGGCCCCGCGAAAUCCUGGAAUACGCUGAUGAUCCAGACACGUCCGCUUCCUCUCUCAAAUCGUCUGGAAGCAGCCCUGAUGACCAUGCUAUGAAACUGAACCUUCGCGCUAGCCUCAUGGGCGUUCACAUCCUCGAUGAUGAAACGGAGAUGUUUUUUAGCAGGCAAGUCAGCAACGCAAGUACUCAUAAUUUCCAGGCCGGUGGCGCUGUGCCAUUCAUGUGGGAGGUAGAACCAGGUCGGCCAGCGGAGGCGGUUACUCGAGAUCCAAGUAUUAGACCUCUUACUCCCCCUCCUGGAAGCAGACCUGUCAGUGGGAUUCUAUAUCCUGGUCAGUUUGGAAAUAAACCCAGCAGCGGGCUUCUGUAUCACGGACAACAAAGUGCCAAGACUGGAAGCAGGCCCAGUAGCACUGCACACUACUCUGGACAGAUCGACCUUGGUCCUGAUUCUCAGUUUGGUGGCGGGGGAAUGCAUUUCUCUGAAAAACUCUUUAAGAAGUUAGUGAGGCAAUCAAGGGCUGCACCGUACACGAAUUCAACCUCUCCAUACGGUGGAUUCGGAAGAUCAACGUCAAAAAAGAGGGGUGAAAGUUCUACUGAGGCUUUGGAUCGUCACUUUGGUGUUUACAGUCCCGACAUGAGAUACGAGGACCAUGAUUCUGUGUCUCCCACGAGUACACUCGACCACCACGAAUCCGAAGCUUCCCCUUCAUCGCAGUCAGAAAGGCUGUACCCCUCUCGGAAUCCUAAGCUCACGAGGUAUGUAGAUAACAGUACCCCGAAGGCCCGAACCUCUUCCCAGGAUACAAGUAGCAUUCCUGUGGGUCGACCUUCCUCCCAGCUCGCCCAGUGCUUGAUGUCGCUCACGGCCAUGGCUGAUGACACAACUGAUGACGAUGACAUUAUAUUUGAGCAGCCUAGCACGACUGCUCCUUUGUGGCAGCCAGUGGUGCAAGUAUCGGAGCCACAAGUAGACUGGCCUAUCGUGCAGUAUCAAGGACCGCCUACAAAGCCCUCACAUAGACAUCCGAAGAGCAGCACAACCUCCCCCAAAAGCGGUAGGACUAUUGAAAGGUGGUCCUCGAACAGUAGUUCGUGGAACCUCUCAUUGGUUUCGAAACCCAAAGCAACCGUCACAAAGGUUGUCAUAUCUGGCGGGAAGAAAUCAAGGUCUAAGAGGCAUUCUUCCGGUGUAACGAAUGGUGUGACACUACGAGAAAUCCACACCGGAGCUAGCUUGUCUACUGUACUAACAUACGAUCGUAGCAAAGAUGCACAUGGGAGGCACAAGUGGGAGAAGGACUCGCCGUCUUGUUCGUUGCCUAGUUCAGAUGAACUCGGCUUUGAGGCUUACGAUCGGCCUGGAGAGCAGAUGGUUCAUCAGAUGGAUGAAGAGGAUUUCCCGUUUUCACCGAUCGCAUCUUCUUUUGUUUUUGGCGAACAUAAUAGCUCUGUGGAAUUUUCACAACGAGGCGGCCGAAACGGGAUCCCGAGAGCUGUUGGUCCUAUUGUCCGAGAAUUCUCGUCUUCCAACUUCGAGCUGCACGAGCUACAUGAAUGUAUGUCCGUUGCAAGUGGCGAUUCUCACACCUACUCCUUGGAAAGCGGCUUCUUACAGCCAGAGCAAGAUUGGAUCCCCACGAAAAGUUUUCAUUAUAUCAAAAGCUCGAACCUUGAGAUUGUGGAAGUAGGGUCUUCAAGACUUAAUGGCUACAUUGAAAUUAAUCACUCCGGAAGAUUUAGCAUCGACCUUCACACGGGACCGAGGCUGGAGCGUCAUUUGAGCUCGGGAUUCGACAUCGAAAAGACUCCUGACGUCUUGCUCAGGAUCGUGGAAGAGGCCCAUAGCCUGAGCCAGCGAAAGCGAGCGAAAGACAAAUAUGGAUGUUUCUUUCACUGCACAUGCCUGCCGGUUCGUAAAAAAGGAUUUCUAGGAAGAUGCUUGACAUCAAAUCAAGCACCUGGGCUUGCUGUUGGUAACAACUUUGAGUCACGACUAAGAUCUCGUUCCUUGGGUUCGUUGAACACGAAGAAUCACACAGGCCCCUUCCAAUUCUGACCUGAAUGGCUCUAUCUUAGCGUUGUGGACAGAUGAGGCAAUCGAAAUGGAAGCAGGCAAACUUGCACAAUCGCUUUGGUGCGGUGAAGUAACAUUGGGUUUUUCACGUACGAUUAUUCAUGCGCAUGGUCACCUCUAUGCAUCUCUCGGAGACAGAAUACUUGGGUUUGCUUUUUGCAUCCUUUGGACUUCUCUAAUGGCCUUGAGAAUGUGCUUCUCAUUGAUACUAAAGACCCUGCCAAAUGCAAGCGUAUACCAGAAUUGGAUGAACUACUGCCCAAUCGGAAUGCCAUCGAUAGAUAGAGACUCUCAGUUGGUUAGGUUAAUUUUGUACAUUAGUGCCCUCGGCGGUUUCUCAGUUGCCGAUUCCAACAUUUGUUACAUUUAGGUGUCCAUUUCAUAGAGGCUUUCAGGUUUUAAUCCAUUAUUUCAGGGUUGUCAAUUGUCCCUUGAGCCGUUCCUAUUUAGUUUGUCACCAGGGACCGGCUUGCUUACAUUUCAUCAUUUAACUGGUAGGCUAUUUUUUUUACGCUUCUCGACUUUGUAUUGUCCAUACCGACACCGCUGAUCUUCGUCAGUAGUUAGAAAGCUCCCAAAUUGAUAGGCUCAUCACUCGCACUCUGCUUUUCAGUGCGAUACUCAGGGUUGAAGCUCUUACCAGCACUAGCGAGUUACAGCAACAAGUUUCUGUCAUUUCUUAAUCUUCAAAACUUGCACAAUAGAUUAGUUGAACUCGUGCAACUCGUGCUGUUGUCACGGAAAAUUGAAUCUUGUGUAUGUUGUAAGCUAUCUGACUAUUCAUUAUUGUUUCAAACUGACUAA